UCUGGCUCCACUGAAUCACAACCUGGGUAUAAUGGCAGGUAUCUAUACCACAAACUCACCAGAUGCCUGCCUCUAUGUUGCUAAUGACUCAAGAGCCAACAUCAUUGUUGUGGAAAAUCAAAAGCAGCUGGAUACGAUUUUAGAGGUAAAGGAUAAACUUCCACACUUAAAAGCCAUAGUACAAUAUUCUGGAUCUUUGAAGGAGAAGUUGCCCAAUCUCUAUUCAUGGGAAGAGUUCAUGGGACUAGGACCGGAAGUCUCUGAUCAAGAACUAGAUGAAGUCAUCUGUAGCCAGAAAGCCAAUCAAUGCUGUGUACUUAUUUACACCUCUGGAACAACCGGAUCGCCAAAAGGAGUGAUGCUAAGUCAUGACAAUAUCACAUGGACAGCCCACCAUGCAAGCAGGGCUGGAGAUAUGCAGCCAGCUGAAAUCAGGCAAGAGUCUCUGGUCAGCUACCUUCCUCUCAGCCAUAUUGCCGCUCAGAUCUAUGAUCUCUGGACAGGGAUCCAAUGGGGGGAGCAAGUGUCCUUUGCUCAGCCAGAUGCUCUAAAGGGGAGUUUAAUAGACACUCUUCGAGAGGUAACCCCUACAGCCCACAUGGGCGUUCCACGUGUUUGGGAGAAAAUUGUGGAAAAGAUCAAGGAAGGCAUUUCACGGUGUGGAUACAUGAAAAGGAAACUAGUGACAUGGGCCAUGUCUGUUAGUCUGGAGGCUAAUCAAAGGCUUCCCAAGGAUGAGAAGUCAUUCCUCUUUACUCUUGCGGACAGCCUGGUCUUGCAGAAGCUUCGUGCUGAGCUGGGCUUCUCCAAUUGUAUGAAGUUCUUUUCGGGAGCAGCACCUAUUGGAAGCGAAACUCUUCAGUUCUUCCUCGGCCUCAACAUUCGGCUGUAUGAAGCCUAUGGGAUGAGUGAAAGCUCAGGACCCCACUUUAUGUCUGGGCCAAAAGUGUACCGAUUUUCAAGCUGUGGUAAGGUGGUUCCAGGCUGCCAAUACAAACUAGUAAAUGUAGAUGGUGAUGGCAAUGGAGAAGUGUGUUUCUGCGGCCGCAAUAUCUUCAUGGGAUUCCUCAACCUGAAGGAUAAAACAAAGGAGGCUUUGGAUGAAGAUGGAUGGCUCCAGUCUGGAGACUUGGGAAAGGUAGAUGAAGAUGGCUUUCUUUACAUCACUGGAAGAAUAAAAGAACUUAUAAUCACGGCUGGAGGAGAGAACAUUCCCCCACUUCCCAUAGAGGAUGCUGUUAAACAGGAGUUGCCAAUCAUCAGCAAUGCCAUGUUGAUUGGAGACAAGAGGAAAUUUCUGUCCAUGCUGCUAACGCUAAAGUGCACAAUCAAUCCAGAAACUACAGAGCCCACUGACAUUCUUAGCUUGGAGGCUGUGGAAUUCUGUCAGCGGCUUGGUAGCCAAUCGACAAAGGUGUCGGACAUCAUUGGAGGAAAAGACAAGCUAGUGUAUCAGUCCAUUGAAGAGGGAAUUGCACGGGUCAAUUCAAAAGCAACCUCAAAUGCCCAGCGCAUUCAAAAAUGUACCAUAUUAGGGAAAGAUUUCUCAAUUGUUGGAGGAGAACUAGGUCCUACAAUGAAACUACGUCGCCCAGUGGUGUUGCAGAUGCAUCACAGUGAAAUAGAGAGUUUUUACAGAGAAUAGAUGACUUCCAGACUGGCUGUAUCUCUGUUAAAGAUACCGUUUCUUUUUUGGCCAAUCAUAUCAUAGAAAUUAGAUUUUUAAUGAUGAAUUUUUAAAUCUAACAACACAAA